AUGCCAAACCGAAAGAAGCGGUCUCGUGGCUCGUGCAAGACGUCUGCAAACCCUAUAGCUGACCAAAAUGAAGACCGUGAAGUCAAGAUGAUGAUGGAUGAAUCGAGAAAUGAUAGUAGCGGUGACAGCGACGAUGAUCUUACGUUCGUUGCGGCGCCUCAAUGCACCCAGAACGAUGACGAAUCAGAUGACGAUAUGGAUGGUGGAGAGACGAUUGCAGCAUCUGAACGCAAUGUAAGCGUGGAAUUUCUCUUCUCAGAUCCACGCGAGGCUCAUUUUCAUAGUGUCAAGCAGUUUUUACUAGUCUAUUUGCCACCCUCGCAACCGUUCGAUGUCUCUGGAUUGGCCAAUGCCAUUGUGGGCCAAGUCACCGCCGGUACUAUGAUUUGUGUGGAAGGAGAAGACGACGUGUAUGGCUUUAUUACUGCUCUGAGCUUGAAGACAUUUGGGAAAGAGACAAGUAUCAAGCAGAUUGUACAGUAUGUGACCAAAAAGUGCCCAAACUCUGACCUGCCCAACCUACAGCACAUUCUUAACACAAAGAACGUUGGACUUGUGCUCAACGAGCGUAUGGUAAAUCUGCCAUAUCAACUGGUGCCUGCACUGCACUCGGCCUUGCAUGAAGAUAUUGAGUGGGCGAUUGAGAACGAGGACACACAGGAGCUUCGCAAUAGUUUUCAGAUGGAUUAUUUCCUUAUUCUAGCCACUUGCUCGGAAGAAAGAGGUGGCAGCGAGAGAUCCACAAAGGGCAAGAAGACGAAGAUAGCGUAUGAGCAGACGGCGAGAUUCUUCCACAAGUUUGAAGACGAGUUCCUUGAGCAGGAGGCGGAGCUGACGUUCUCGUUUGACACGCCAUUGACCGAGCGUGAAUGUGUGGAUAAGAGCAGCAAGUCCACAGUCGUGAUCCUGCUUGAGCGUGAAAAACACAAGGCGGCAUUGGCCAGCGUUUCGGCCAUAAUUAAUGUGUAA